AAUACAACAACUCAACUAGCAAGUACAAAAAUAAUCUCUUUGGCAUAGAUGGGAAGACGAAGGACAGUCAGAUGUCCAAGGUCAGACAUAGCAAUUUUAUGACAAGAAAUUGUUCUGAAACUGAUGGCCUCUCCCUCCACCCUAUAGGCAUUGAAUGGAUUUUAAAAUAAAUAUUUUGCCAAUAGGGAUCUUUGAAAAUUGUAAGUUGGUAUGUGUGAAAGUAGCCACCACACAUAGCUUAACCUUCACCCACUUGCCUCUUCCAGGCAUCCAUGAUUUAUUAGUUAGCUCCAUGGACCAGCAGCUGGGAAUAUUUACAGCAGGACAACAUACCCUCCAAGUGUCCUAUUUUCCAGGGAUAGUCCUGGAAUUACGAAGUCCUCCCAGCUUCUGAUUUGAUCCUGGAAUGUCCCCCCAUUUCUCCCACCAGUGCCACUGAGCUCAGGGAGGAGGAGAGGCUGGAGCUGGUCCUGAGCAGCGGCAGCAGUGGCAGCUGCGAGAGAGCAUCCCAUGGCCACCACUGCCGGCCUCCUCCCUUGGGCAGCUUGUAGCAGCGCUGGAGAAUGGACAAGGAGGAUGAGAGAUACUGGAAUUAUGUGGUGAGGAGGAGGAAGAAGAAACUAAACAGGAGACCCAAGAGAUAAGGCAAAAAAUAGAAUAAGUGGACUGUGAGAUCAUGAACUGGGAGUGGUUGUGGAUGACUCGAUGGAGGUGGCAGAAAGUUCUGUUGGGGAGGUGUGGGAACUUCCAGCAGAGAGGAAUGGGCGGCCAGCAUGAGCAAUGGAGCAAGAGAGAAAUAGCUCUAUGGAAAUGCUCUGUUUGGCUAAACUGGCGUGGGAGAUCUUGGCAUGGAAGAGUUUACUGAAACUGUUGACGAUGCAAGUUAUGUUCCCCUAGGAGGGUAACUUUGAGAAAAGUGAACUAAGCUGCCCCUCGCCAUGCCACAAUGGAUUAAAGUGUUCAAAUAUUUUGGGUGAAAAGGAAAAAGAAGAAGAGGAAGCAUGAUUGGAUGAACAUUAAAAUAGACAAGAAUUUUGGAUCAUGACUUGGCUGAGAUUUCUUGGAACUGUUUUAAAGAGGCUUUAUAAGAAAUUGGAUAUAGAAACUGGAGGAAUGCUAAUUUGGAUUAUUAGAAAAUUAUUAUAAGGGUCAUAUUGUGCUGUCUGAGUGGUUAAAAUUUUAGGGCUCAGCUUGGGAAUCUAGGAAAUUGGCAUCUUGCUGAAGGGGAAACUGGCUAGAUUUUAUUCUGGAGUGCAUAUGUUAAAUAUUCAGAAUAGUUGUUACAGACGACUGUCAGACAGGGAGGGGGGAAUUCCUUUUUCUUUUUAUAUAUUUUAGUAUCUUUUAUAUCAAGAUUACGAAUCAAGGAGGGCACACACAGGAAGGGGACAUGUGGAGGUGGGAGGUACCUGCAAGAAAGGCAGGGCAGGAAGGAUCUCUCAGAGGGGGCAAAGAGGGAGGCACCCAGGUGAGAACUGAGGGAUCUGUGGAUCCAUGAUAUGAUAUGCAUAACAUGCAUGUGAUAAACUGUCUUCUAAGUUAGUCCUUCUCUAUUCUUUUCUCUUUUUCUUCCCCCUGUACAAUUGUGUUUCAUAUUUUCUUAUAAAUGGCUUUGAGUUUUAUUGUUUACGUUUUUUUAAAAACUUUCAAUAAAAUUGUUAUUAAAAAUAGCGAGUGUGUCACAGGGGAGCUGGCAGUGGGUGUGUAUGUUUAAUUGUUUUUAAAUUAUUGUUUUUCCCUAAGUUUUUAGCUACUCUUAUUUUAUCUGUAAGCUACCUUGAGUCUUGUCAGGGAAGGAAGGAAGGAAUGUAAUAGUAAUAGUAGUAAUGAUGAUGAUGAUAAUAAUAAUAAUAAUAAUAAUAAUAAUAAAUCAUUCCAAAUUCAACUUGUAAUCUUCAAUAGGUAUUUCUGUUCUCUAAGUAAUCCCCAUUGAUUUUAUACCUAUGGAUUCUACUUUGCUGCUGUUGAUGAUGUUGUCCUUUCUAGCAAGGAACAAAUGAUAUUCCACUGCCAGAAGAAGGAGAAUUUAAGGGCUUGAUGCAGAAGUCUUUGAAAGAAAGGCUUUUACUGUCCUUGCAGCCUCCUUCCAUUUCACUGCUAACAAGAUCAGAACCAGUUGUAGUGGCAAUUCAAAGUCAUCCCUGCCCCCUGCUUUAGUGCAACGUCCAGACCAGCAGUGGGAAUCCUUCCAAUAGCACAGCAAUAAAAUUACCAAGUAAAUCCUUUUUGCUGCCUAUUCAGUUUUAAUGAAAAACUGGUCUGGUACCAAAUCAGGCUCCUAAAGCAACUACAGUCUUGUUUCCAAUUACAAGCAAAGCAAGGCCAAAUUCUUGCUUCUUUGGUGGACGUUCUUGCCAUGUCCUGAUCACAAUAAUGAAAAAGUAGCAGAGCUGACCCAAUUUGACCACAAGGCAAAACGGGGAUGAGAAAAACUGGUAGAAAUGUUCUGGAAUACUUUCCUGUGGGAGUUGCCAUGUUAUUGAUGUGCAACAAUCUUUUACACAGGAGAAAAAUAAGAUACAGCAAAGAACAUAGCAGCUAAUAGAUAUAGAUCAGCAGGUGAUUUGUUGUGGAUGAAGUGUAUGUUAGACAAAAGUUGUGUUGGGCCAGUAAAGGGGGGGGGGGGGAGCAAGACCUUUUACUAGGGUUAACAAAAAUACACAAAUUAGUGAACACGAUUUAUAAUAUUGUUCUUGAGAACCCUUGUUUAGAUGUUCAAGUGUCUCUGUGUUUGAAAAUUGGAGAGAAAGAAAAACAUCAAACUCUGUAGUUUAUAACAGACCUGAGAUAAAACCAAUAUAUCAUGUUCAGGUGACAAAAUGUAUGAAAAUCUUAGCGGAUUCGGAGUAUAAUCAAAGUGAGGAAGACUGUGAUGAAACACAAACAGUUCAGUUUCCAGCAUGUUGAGGGAGUUGGGCUACAAUUAUAGGGUUCCAUGAGAUGGUGAUAAACCCAUCCUUCUCUUGAGGCAAGCUGAAAGUGAGGACAUGAGGAGCAACUAUGUUCCAUAAAUUUGUAGAAAGAGAUGUUGCUUUAAAAUGAAUGAAUAGGCCUAACUACCAAACUAAACUACUCACUCCAUUUCCAUUUCCAUCUCCUUGAUGACAUCGCCAUCACCUAUGACAGCCAGGCAUAAAAGUAGGGAUGUUAUGCACUCAAAAAAACCAGGGUCAAGGCAAGCACAGCUCUGUUCAUGUAAAUCUUGCCUCUACAGCCGCCAUCCCCUUCACUGAGCCCCAAACUCAAAAACUGGAGUGGUGGCAGAUGCUUGCAAGCCCCAGCAGAGCAUCUUGAGUCCUCUCCUCUAAGCCCAUCCCAGGGUCCUUGAAGCGCCCACUGCUACCUCUGCUGCCAUCUCCCCUGCCCCAAAGGUAAGUUGUUAGAUUGGGGGGGAUGAUUGGAAGAGAAGGUAAGAAAGGUGUCAGGUAAGUUGUAGCAGCUCAAACUGAGCACCUUCAAAAGAUCAGCUUCUUUUGGAGCAAACUACAGAAUACUUGUGAAUCCCCAACAUAAAGUCUUGGCUUUACCUCUUAUUUCUCAGUUUGUGUUGUGCCCCAUAUUCUCUCUAUGGUUGUCACACCAGUUCUUUCUUACAGGAAGUUAAUAUUGUUCAGUUCCAGCAGAAAUCAGGGCUCACUCUGGCUGGAUCUAGACACAGCAAAAAGAACACAAUUCUGUUAAACGUGUUGUAAGCUUUUGUAAACGUGUUGUAAACGCGGAUGGCGCUGUGGGUUAAACCACAGAACCUAGGACUUGCCGAUCAGAAGGUUGGCGGUUCAAAUCCCUGCGACGGGGUGAGCUCCCGUUGCUCGGUCCCUGCUCCUGCCAACCUAGCAGUUCGAAAGCACGUCAAAGUGCAAGUAGAUAAAUAGGUACCGCUCCGGCGGGAAGGUAAACGGUGUUUCCGUGCGCUGCUCCGGUUCGCCAGAAGCGGCUUAGUCCUCCUGGCCACAUGACCCGGAAGCUGUACACCGGCUCCCUUGGCCAAUAAAGCGAGAUGAGCGCCGCAACCCCAGAGUCAGUCACGACUGGACCUAAUGGUCAGGGGUCCCUUCACCUUUACCUUUAAGCUUCUUAAAGGUAAACGACGUUUGGUAAAGGUAAAGGUAAAGGUUUGCCAUUGGCAAACGAUGGGACUCCACAGUGCCACCUGGUGUCACAGUGUUGUAACUCAUAUAAAGCGCUUUUUCUUUUCUAGGGUAGCUGAGUCCUCUGUCUCUCAGCUGCCCAGCCUGCUUCCUGCUUCUAGCUUCUCCUUCAAACAUCUCUACUCUAGCUUUGACAGUUGGGGGGGGGGCUCCCCCAUUUGUCCUCUGGCAGAGAGCCAUUUCCUUUGUUAUUUAAUGACCCAUGCUUAGGGGCCAUUAGCAAGAAACUUGUAUGCCUAUUCCAGCAAUUGGAUCCUUGUUGUAUAUAAGACUCAGGCAUACAGCCUACUCCCACCUCACCCCACCCCCCAAACACCUCAAAACAGUAUGUAUACCAAAAGUAUGGUCCUUCUUUUGGUUCCAGCCAGUAAAAGCCCUCCUUGAAUCUAGGUGAAAUUUCCUCAUUACACACCAGUAAAUUCACAUUUCCAAUCACCCUACUGGUGUGAUACAUCUCAGCAGUAUUCAUGGGAAGCAAAAGGUGUUACUCUUGCACUGAGAAAGAUAUUUAUAACUAACUUGUCAGCAGGAACAAAACUGCAAAUUUGCACAUUUUUGCUGUAGUUUAAGGUGUUACGGAAAUUACAAAUAUUCUCUCAUAUGCCAAAACUAUAAACACUGCCAGAGACUUAUCUAUAUUUCAGAGUGAAAUUGCCAUAAUCUGCCUUGAGUCUUUAGGGCAGGAGGUGCUGUAAAUAAAGAAUUCCACUUUUAACUGCAAGGGAAGAAGAAGAAGAAGAGUUUGGAUUUUGCCACACAUGAUAGUAGUCCAGCAGAAUGUAACAGUCUCCAUGCUCUCUAGUUGUCAGCAUUUCCCAGUUCAUGGUUAAGAAGAGCCCACACAGUUCAGUUCAAAGCAUAAGGUGUGGAACAGCCUCCCAUCAGAUGUCAAGGAGAUGGAGAACUUUUAGGAGACAUCUGAAGUUGGGAACCCAGCCAAAAGG